CACACUCUCUCUCUGGCAUUCUCUCUGUGUGUGUGCACGCCUCACUCGAAAAAGGAAAAGAAAAUAAAAAGCAAAAAUAAAAAAUAAAAAAAAAAAGAAAGAAGAUAAAAAAAUCCAAUUCCACAAAUAGAGGGAAAGAGAAAGAGAAGGAGAGAGAAAGAGAUUAUAGAGUGUGAUAGAGCAAAAGGGAAAGUUUGUCAAAAAGGUUAGCAGAGAAAAGAUUGGGGAAAAUGUUUGGAAUGUUUUAGAUUUUUUUGUUUUUUUUUUUUUCCUUAGUUGGUGGGUGUUUUUGUUGGUUGCUGGGGGUUUUGUGAAUGAGAUCGAGCUUCUGAUUUGUGAUUUUCAAGUGGUGGGUUUUUGGGUUUUGUUUGAUUUUAUUGAAGGAAAAUGGGUGGGAUUUUCUGGGUUAGAUUUGGAAGUUAGGGUUUUUUUAAGAGAAAUUUUGGAUUGGGUUGUAUUUUUUGCUUGGAGAAGGGGGGUUGGAAGAUUUUUCUGUGAUGUUGUGUUUGAGUGUGAUAUACCAUUUGGAUCUGAGGUUUUUGGCAACUUAAAGAAGAAAAAAGAUAGUGGUGGAGGGGGAGAUGGAGAGUAAGGUUGGGACUUCAUUUUGCCUCUGGUUGAUUUUGUUGGUUCGUCCAUUAUGGAUGAUGAUGGUUAUGGUAUCUGCUAACAUGGAAGGUGAUGCUUUGCAUAGCCUGAGGACCAACUUAGAGGAUCCUAACAAUGUUCUGCAGAGUUGGGAUCCCACUCUUGUCAACCCGUGUACAUGGUUCCAUGUCACAUGCAACAAUGAUAAUAGUGUCAUAAGAGUUGACCUAGGAAACGCAGCCUUGUCUGGUCAACUUGUUCCACAACUUGGCCUGCUCAAGAAUUUGCAAUAUUUGGAACUUUACAGUAAUAACAUAAGUGGAACAAUUCCAAGUGACUUGGGGAAUCUAACAAGUUUGGUGAGCUUGGAUCUUUACUUGAAUGGUUUCACUGGUCCUAUCCCAGACACAUUGGGCAAGUUGUCAAAACUUAGGUUCCUCCGGCUGAAUAACAACAGCUUGACAGGUCCCAUUCCUAUGUCAUUGACUAACAUUUCUUCACUACAAGUAUUGGAUCUAUCAAAUAACCGUCUCUCUGGAGAGGUUCCAGACAAUGGUUCUUUCUCUUUAUUCACUCCCAUCAGUUUUGCUAAUAACAUGGGUCUAUGUGGUCCAGUUACUGGGCACCCUUGCCCAGGAUCUCCUCCAUUUUCUCCUCCUCCCCCUUUUGUUCCACCACCCCCAAUUUCUACUCCAGGAGGAAAUAGUGCCACUGGGGCUAUUGCUGGUGGAGUUGCUGCAGGUGCUGCUUUACUAUUUGCUGCACCUGCUAUAGCAUUUGCAUGGUGGCGUCGGAGGAAGCCACAAGAGUUUUUCUUUGAUGUACCUGCUGAGGAGGACCCUGAAGUGCAUUUGGGGCAGCUGAAAAGGUUUUCAUUGCGAGAAUUACAAGUUGCAACAGACAGUUUUAGUAACAAAAAUAUUCUGGGCAGAGGUGGUUUUGGUAAAGUCUACAAAGGACGACUAGCAGAUGGCUCGUUGGUUGCUGUGAAAAGAUUGAAAGAAGAGCGUACACCUGGUGGAGAGUUGCAAUUUCAAACAGAAGUAGAGAUGAUUAGCAUGGCUGUGCACCGUAAUCUUCUUAGACUACGAGGAUUUUGUAUGACACCAACUGAACGACUACUUGUUUAUCCCUACAUGGCUAAUGGAAGUGUUGCUUCGUGUUUAAGAGAACGCCCGGCAUCCCAACUGCCUCUAGAUUGGCCUACUCGGAAGCGAAUUGCAUUGGGAUCUGCAAGAGGACUUUCUUAUUUGCAUGAUCAUUGUGACCCAAAGAUUAUUCAUCGUGAUGUGAAGGCUGCAAACAUUUUGUUGGAUGAGGAGUUUGAGGCAGUUGUUGGAGACUUUGGGUUGGCUAAACUUAUGGACUACAAGGAUACUCAUGUAACAACUGCUGUGCGUGGCACAAUUGGGCAUAUAGCUCCAGAGUACCUCUCUACAGGGAAGUCUUCUGAGAAAACUGAUGUGUUUGGCUAUGGGAUCAUGCUUCUGGAGCUAAUUACUGGACAGAGGGCUUUUGAUCUUGCUCGGCUUGCAAAUGAUGAUGAUGUCAUGUUACUUGAUUGGGUGAAAGGACUUCUGAAAGAGAAAAAGUUAGAACAGCUGGUUGAUCCUGAUCUUCAGCACAAUUAUGUAGAAGCAGAAGUAGAGCAGCUAAUUCAAGUUGCACUGCUAUGCACACAAGGGUCUCCUAUGGACCGGCCAAAGAUGUCGGAAGUGGUGAGAAUGCUCGAAGGUGAUGGGUUGGCUGAGAGAUGGGAUGAAUGGCAAAAGGUGGAAGUUCUCCGCCAGGAAGUGGAAUUAGCUCCUCAUCCUAAUUCUGAUUGGAUUGUUGACUCAACCGAAAACUUACAUGCAGUUGAGUUAUCCGGUCCUAGGUGACCCUAGCACAGUAGAAAAAAAAAUUAAAAAGAAAAAAAAUGAAUUAUUUACAACUUAUUUUUUAAUCAUAAUUUUUUUUUCCUUCA